CCCCUCGCGGCCAGAGGACCAAUCGAGACGCGCGAGGCAGCGCCGGAGACGGCACUUCCCCGGCGGGCAGCGAAGGGGUUAAGCAAGCCGGAGCCGCUCCGACUGCUCAUUCCGGCGAGGGCUGCGGAGGGGAGCGCAAGUCCGGCUGCAGAGAGCGGAGCAGCUCGCCUCGUCUUCGCUUUGCCCCGUCCUUUCCUCCGGGAAUCCUGCGGCUCUUGCGAACAGACCGGAGAAUCUCCCCCCACCACCCGCGGCUCUUGUAGGCAGAUCAGAGAAUCCACCCGGCGGAGGACCAGCCAGCCGCCCCUUGCCUGGAUGAGACAGGGAGCGCCGUCUGCGCCAGUAGGAGGGGGGGCCGCCGCCUCCAGUCAUCCGGAUCGCACUUUUCUGCUUCGCCCCCUUCCUUGAACCUCGCAGGGUCGCUGCCCCCACCCCCCCCCCCCACCGGCAAAGAAAUGGCCACGAAAAUCGACAAAGAGGCGUGCAGGGAAGCCUAUAACCUUGUCAGGGACGACGGCACAGAUGUGAACUGGGUGACGUUUAAGUACGACGGGCCCACAAUAGUGCCUGGUCACAGCGGCGUCGACUACGAGGAGUUUACCCGGCAAUGCACAGAUGAUAUCCGGUUGUUUGGUUUUGUCCGAUUUACCACUGGGGACGCCAUGAGCAAGCGGGUCAAGUUUGCCCUGAUCACUUGGAUUGGGGAGAGUGUCAGCGGUCUGCAGAGAGCCAAAACAGGCACAGACAAGACUUUGGUUAAAGAAGUCGUACAGAAUUUUGCCAAAGAGUUCGUGAUCAGCGACCACAAGGAACUGGACGAAGACUACAUCAAGGGCGAGCUGAAGAAAGCCGGGGGUGCGAAUUACGACGCGCAGGCGGAGUGAACGCGCUCUGGCUUCCUGGCGCCGCAGGCCCGGAUCAGGAAGGGGGGGGG